UAAAUAGAUGGAUAAAUGAUUACCGUGAGAUUCAUCUGGAUUCGCAGGGAGAGACACAAGUUAACCGCCAGUAGCCACCACCAAGUUUUGGUAUUCGCUAAUCCAGAUUUCAUUCUCUUCAGGUUCAGUCAAUCCUUCGUUUGCCGAGUUUCGCAUAAUCAAGCAGACGAUUGGAGCCUCUAAACUGAACUUCCAUAGCCUAGCACCUCACGGCGACGCCAAAUUUAUUGUUGGAGCAUUCACCGGUAAUUGAACUAUGGCGGACCUUAAAGAGCGCUUGCUCCCGCCAAAGCCUGCAUCGGCUAUAAACCUGAGGGAAGCAUCCUAUCGGCCAUCGGCAUCGGGGAGGCAACCGUUUCAAGGCGUGGAUGUGCUCGGGCUGAAGAAGCGUGGCCAAGGUAUUAGGUCUUGGAUUCGGGUUGAUGCAUCCGGGAAUUCGCAGAUCAUUGAGGUUGAUAAGUUCACCAUGAUGCGACGGUGCGACUUACCUGCCCGUGAUCUACGCCUGCUUGAUCCUCUGUUUGUGUACCCUUCGACCAUUCUUGGAAGAGAGAAGGCUAUUGUUGUAAAUCUGGAGCAGAUUCGGUGUAUCAUUACAGCGGACGAGGUUUUAAUUCUGAAUUCCCUAGAUAGCUAUGUAUUACAGUACGUGGUGGAGCUACAACGGCGGUUGACGACAACUGCAGUAGGUGAGGUCUGGCAAUCAGAUAAUGCUGAUUUGAGUCGGAGAAGGGGAAGUAGAAAUUUUGACAAUGUUUAUGGGAGCAUGUCUCCUGAUUAUUUGCCCUUUGAGUUUAGGGCCUUAGAAGUUGCUCUAGAGGCUGCUUGUACGUUUCUUGAUUCUCAGGCAGCGGAAUUAGAAAUAGAGGCAUACCCUUUGUUGGAUGAGCUUACAUCAAAGAUCAGUACAUUAAACUUGGAACGUGCUCGUCGGUUGAAAAGCAGACUUGUCGCAUUGACUCGGAGAGUUCAAAAGGUUAGGGAUGAGAUAGAGCAACUAAUGGACGAUGAUGGGGAUAUGGCGGAGAUGUAUCUCACUGAGAAGAAAAGAAGGAUGGAAUCAUCAUUUUAUGGUGAGCAGUCUUUGAUGGGAUUCAAAUCUAUAGAUGCUGCGUCUGUCUCGGCUCCUGUAUCUCCAGUCUCCUCACCCCCUGAUUUCCGAAAGCUUGAAAAGAGCUUGAGUAUUGCAAGGAGUCGACAUGGGAGUAUGAGGAGCACAGAAAGCAAUACAGAAAGUAUAGACGAGCUUGAGAUGUUGCUCGAGGCAUACUUUGUUGUCAUUGACAGCACUCUUAAUAAGUUGACAUCGCUUAAAGAAUACAUUGAUGAUACUGAAGAUUUCAUCAACAUUCAGCUGGAUAACGUGCGAAACCAGCUUAUUCAAUUCGAGCUCCUACUCACAACAGCAACAUUUGUGGUGGCGAUCUUUGGGGUGGUUGCAGGGAUCUUUGGCAUGAACUUCGAGAUUCAAAUGUUUGAGGAUCCUGGUGCAUUCAAAUGGGUUCUUAUGAUUACUGGAGCAGUUGGUUUCAUCAUAUUUUGUGCGUUUGUGUGGUUCUUCAAGUACCGAAGACUGAUGCCAUUGUAGGUGUCUUUGACGACACUGCAUUAUAUUAUUCAAUUCAAAAGAAAUAUAAUAAUGAAGAAGAAAGAAGAUCGUUACACGUUUCUCUUUCAAGAUUUAAUGCACAAAAGAAACAUAGUUGGUGCUCUGGAAGCAAUUCUUUCAACAUAGUUUUCUGCGAAUUGCCAGUGUUGCCAAUCCAUUAUACAAGGUUUCCAAGACUAUUCGGUUUUAACAAGAGAUAUCUGUACGCCUUGACAGAUUCUGCGCAACGGCUAGCUUCAGAUUUCACAUAAUUCAAGUGAAAACGGGCCAUAUGGAUAUGCUUCAUAAUCAAAAUUUGUUUUAUCAAGCAAUUGUUUUGUCCCUAUUUACGGGACAUCCAUGUAGCCGGCAUAAAAUCUACCAAGUUACUAAUUUCAUUAAAUUU